AUGGCGUCUCAUGGAAACAAUGAGUUGGAACCAUUUCGCUUGGAAGGAAAUGCGGCGGCAAAUUGGAAAAGGUUUAAGAGGCAAUUUGACAAUUAUAUUACAGCAUUUUAUGAUUCAGUAGCGGAAAAGCGAAAGAUAGCGAUUUUACUCCAUGCGGGUGGUGAGGAAAUUAAUGAAAUAUAUGCAUCAUUUGCAUUGGAAUCGCCAGAGUUGCAAGUUGUAAUUAGACAUUUUGACGAGUAUUUUCUGCCACAGACAAAUGUCACAUAUGAGAGGUUUGUGUUUCUCAAUAGAAAACAACAGCAGGAAGAGUCACAUGAACAGUUUAUGGUGGCAUUAAAGAAUUUAAGCAAAACGUGUCAGUUUGGUGCGUUAAAGGAGGAACUAAUUAAAGACAUAUUUGUUAGCGGCAUUUCAGAUAAGGGUCUACAGGAAAAACUACUCCGAACAGAAAUGUUGGACAUCAAAAAAGUUAUGGAAAUUUGUCGUACCCGUGCGGUGGUAGCGGAACAUGUGAAAACAAUGCAUAUUAAAGAAGAGGCAAUGGAAAUGACAGUUGAUACUGUUAAAAAGAGGGCACCGGGCAAGAAAAUUACUUGCAGAUACUGUGGAUAUACUCAUGAAUGGGGACGAUGCCCAGCUUAUGGUAAAGUUUGUAGUCAUUGUCAAAAAAGGAAUCAUUUUGCGAAAGUGUGCAGCAAAAAUAAAAAAGAGGUUAACUGUAUGGAAACAGCAGAAGGUGAGGAUGAGAUAGAAAUCUUAGAAGUUAAAAUAGGGUCGAUUAAUGAUAAAGAGACAACAGACUGGUAUAAAGUGAUAUUACAUAUUAAUGGAAGGCCCAUAGCACACAAAGUAGACUCGGGGGCAGCCUGCAAUAUCAUGAGUCUUCAGCAAUAUUUGAGCUUGGGAUUCACCAAAGAACAAUUAGAACAGACGAAGGUGGUAGUUAAAUCCUUUACCAAGGAUAUCGUUGAAAUUAUGGGCAAAUGUUCGUUAAGAUGUCAAUUCAAAGACGUUAAGAGCAACUUCAAUUUCUUUAUAACGAAAGAACACUAUGAGAAUAUCCUAGGGUUAGAGGCAUCGGAGCGGUUAGGACUAAUUAAAAGAGUGGAUAUCUUAGAAAAAAAUAACUUUGUACCAAAGAAGUAUAAUGACCUGUUUGAUGGAUCAGUGGGCCUGGUACAACAGUGUUGCAAGAUAAGAUUGGAUAAGAGCAUUAAGCCGGUGGUUGCUCCGGCUCGUAGGAUACCGUAUACCCUGUUAUCGUCGGUAAAAGAGGAACUAGAUCGAAUGGAAGCGAAGGGUAUAAUUAAAAAGAUAACAGAGCCUACGGAAUGGGUCAGUCAGAUGGUUGUGGUAAUGAAAAAAGACAAAACACUUAGAAUAUGCUUAGAUUCGAGGCCAUUGAAUAGGGCUAUUAAGCGGGAACACUAUAUGUUUCCAAAGUUUGAGGAAAUUGUAGCAAGGCUAAAAAAUGCAAAAGUUUUUUGUAAAUUGGAUGCGCAGUCGGGAUUUUGGAUGGUUCCAUUAGACGAAGAAAGCUCGAAAUUGUGUACAUUUCAGACUCACUGGGGCAGAUACUCGUUUAACAGACUUCCGUUUGGGUUGAAGAGCGCACCUGAAAUCUGUCACAGAAUUAUUGCGCAAACAGUGGAAGGUAUUCGAAACGUAGCAUCCUAUCAGGAUGAUUUGCUAAUAUGGGCUGAAUCAGAGGAAGAGCUAAAAGAAAUCUUGAUGGAAGUAUUGGAAACUGCUAGACGGAAAGGAAUUAAAUUUAAUCCAGGAAAAUGUAUAUUUAAUGCUAGUAAGGUGGAGUUUUUGGGUCACAAUAUCAGUCCAACGGGAAUAUCAGUAGCGAAUGAAGAAAUAAAAGCGGUGGAAGGGCUGAAGAAACCUACUGAUAAGAAAUCGCUCCAGCGAAUACUGGGUUUGUUUAAUUACAUGGCGAAAUUUAUUCCAAACUACAGUGAGCUCACAGCAUCACUGAGGGAGCUCCUAAAGGAUGAUGUUAUAUUUAUAUGGCUCCCAAUUCAUGAUGAGGUAUUCAAUAAACUUAAAAAAAUAAUAACCAGUGAACCGGUACUGGGACUCUAUGAUGAGGAAAAAGAAAUUAAAAUAAGUGUGGAUGCGAGCUCUACGGCGGUGGAGGCUGUAUUAUUACAAGAAAGAAAACCGGUAGCCUAUGCAUCUAGGGCUUUAACGGAAGUACAGACAAGAUAUUCACAAAUUGAGAAAGAAUUAUUAGCGGUCUGUUUUGGUAUGGAAAAAUUUAAACUAUAUAUCUUUGGAAAGAAGCAGGUGCAAGUUGAAACGGAUCAUAAACCGUUACUAGGCCUGAUAAAAAAGCCCCUUCACGUUGUACCGACAAGACUACAAAGAAUGCUGUUGAGAUUGCAACCAUAUUGUUUUAAUUUAAGCUAUACACCGGGAAAACAGAUGCACAUAGCUGAUACCCUCUCUAGGGAUGUUAUACAUGAGGAGCAUAAUAAUGAGAUGAAUGACUUAGAAGAGGAAAUAGAAUUACAGAUUGCUUUAUUGAUCAAUGAGUUACCAAUGAAUAAGGAAGACUGGAAGUUAUUUUAUGAGGAGUCGAGAAAGGAUAGGACGAUACAAUACUUAAAGACUUAUAUAAAAGAGGGAUGGCCAAAAUAUUACAAGGAUAUAGUGGAGGAAUGUAAACCCUUUGCGGAAUUUAAAGAUGAAAUGAAUGAAAGCAGAGAGGUGGUUUUUCGAGGAAACAGGGUGUUGGUACCGCGAAGUUUAAAAGGAAGAAUGUUGAAGAUAUUACAUACGGGGCACCCAGGUAUAAGCAGAAUGAUUAGCAAGGCUGACUUGGGCAUGUUUUGGAUUGGCAUCAAUCAGGAUAUAAGAAGGUUUGUACAAUCCUGUGAAACCUGUCUGAAGUACAGGCCCAGCAAUGUCAGGUCAGAAUUGAAGAGUAAGGAGAUUCCGUUACUACCGUGGAUGGAGGUGGCGUGUGAUGUUUUUGAACUCAGAAGCAAGAAUUAUUUGGUACUGGUUGAUGCACUGAGCAAUUUUAUUGAGGUGAUUACAUUAUCAAGUUUAACCAGUGAAGCGGUUAUAGCUGCUAUUAAGUCAGUUUUUGCAAGGUAUGGAAUUCCACAGAUUCUCUACACUGAUGGAGCAUUAUAUUUUGACUCCGAAAAGUUUAAGAAAUUUACUAGAGAAUGGACCUUCAAACAUGUUAAGUCGAGUCCGCAUUAUCCACGAUCAAAUGGUCUAGCGGAGAGCGCAGUCAAGUCAACAAAGAUGCUGUUUAAGAAGGCAUUGGAUGCAGGAGAAGAUAUCUUUCUGGCAUUGCUAAAUUUUAGGAAUACACCAAGAGGUAAGGUGCACUCACCAGCGUCUAAUCUGAUGUCACGAAAUCUCAGAACAAAUAUCCCGUGCACAUUUGAGUACCUGAAACCAAGGAUAACAUGUGUCCAAGACAGACAGAUCCUCAUUCAGUUGAGAGAGCAAUCAAAGGUGUACUAUGAUCGACAGGCAAGAAAAAGGCAUGAGCUAACAGCAGGGAGAGAAGUGAUGUUCAAGAAGCUACCGCAGGCAGAAUGGAUCCCAGGGACGAUUGUUGAGAAAGCGGGUACACCGCGCUCAUAUAUAGUCAAGGAAGAGAAUGGAAAGAAAUUUGUCAGAAAUGAGUUUCAUUUGAUGCCGAGAGGAGUAAGAGAAGAAGGACAACAGGAUAAAAUGGAAGAAAUAAAGGAGGAGGCCAGUCAAAUAGAAAUGUCGGGACAAAAAGAAAUAGUACAAAGGCCAAAGAGGGAGAUACGCUUGUGUUCGCGUUUUACGGGUUUUGUAUGUUUAGCUCGAGCAGUUAGAUUUAAAUUUGGCGCUGCGCGAGGGUCUGCGGUUGGACGAUGUCACGCAACCCUGCGCAGGCGCGGGCGGCGGGUCGGUGGUGGCGGUAUGGCCCGGGGUUGGGCCAGUCAUUGA